CAAACGAGAACACGGCCUAGUGCAACCCCCCUAACAUGCACCACGUUCCCCAAUAUAUUCCUCCUGUCAAAAAAAAAAAAAAAGAAAUGACCAUUGUUCUAUGUAUCUAGUUUUCGGUGGGGAGAGAUCUCUCUAAAGCACCUUAAUGUAGCUAGGAAUCGCAUCCGCACAAACCCCGGAAAAAAAAAAGAAAAAAGAGAAGAAAAGAAAGCAGAGCUAAAAAAGAGUGAUGGCUAAUUCCAUAGCAUCCCGAUGGAGAGAACUCAGUGGUGAGAACUACUGGCAGGGUCUAUUGCAGCCUAUCGAUAUUGAUCUCCGUCGCUAUAUUAUCCACUAUGGUGAAAGGAUUGGAGCUGUUGGAGACCUUUUCAAUAGUGAAAAGGAAUCUAGCGGAUUCCGACAUAGCCUAUACCCAAAAGAAGAGGUUUUUUCCAGGGCUUGUCUUGAAAAAGGAAAUAUAUUCAAGUACUACGUGACCGACUUCUUUUAUGCGGCCUCAGAUGAUGUCGAGUCCGCAUGGUUUGGAUAUGUGGCAGUGACCACAGACGAAGGAAAGGUUGCUCUAGGAAGGAGAGAGAUUUUGGUUGCUUGGAGAGGAACUAUAACAGACUCGGAAUGGUUUAAUAAUGUAAACUUUUUCCAAACGUCCGCUUCAGAAUUAUUUGGGGCUGGAAACAACGCUAAAGUGCACUCUGGCUUCCUCUCUCUUUAUACUGGGACAAGCUGGAAAUCCGCUUACAACAAGACUAGUGCCAGAGAGCAGGUUCUAAAAGCGGUUAGGGAGCUGGUGAACAAAUACCAAGAUGAAGAGAUAAGCAUAACUGUAACAGGCUAUAGCUUAGGAGCAGCACUAGCAACGCUAAACGCAAUGGACAUAGUUGCCAAUGGUUAUAACAAGCCCACAGGCGAUUCAAAGAAGUCGUGCAUGGUCACAGCUUUUGCAUAUGCCGGUCCACGUGUUGGGAACAGUGGCUUGGAGGAAGUAUUUAAGACACUCAAUGAUCAUCUUCGUCUUCUACGCAUCACAAAUUUCUGGGAUCCUGUUCAUCAUCUGCCCUCAAAAUUUCUAUCGGGCUACACCCAUUUGGGGAAAGAGUUACAAAUAAACACCAGUAAGUCAGACUACUUGAAGCGGAAACUUUUUGUGAUCAGUACAACUAAUCUUCAAGACAACACAGAUUCCAUAUACAUCCCUCCUCCUGGGCAUUUGCCAGCAGAAUAUUUAGAUGGAAACAUGCAGGUGGAAGAAGAGUUGGAAAUGUACGCCGCCACUAAAGGCUACAAGCAUAAAAGCAACAUCAGAGAAGAGUUGGAAAUUGACGCCACCACGCUAGGAUUCACGGGUGGCCUAGUGGGGUACCUGGGUGAACUUUUCAUUGCUCAUGCUUUGGAAGUUUACCUGCAUGGAAUUGCAGGCGUCCAAGAAAAUGGAUUUCGUCUGGAAAUUGACCGUGAUAUUGCACUGGUAAACAAACAUUUAGAUUGGCUGAAAGUAGAUUACAAAAUUCCUCCCAAAUGGUGGAAUAAUGAGAAUCGCAAAAAUAUGGUUCAGAUUGACAAUGGCCACUGGAAGUUUGUUGAGAAUGCUUAAUAUCAUCCAUAACGGAUCGGUAUACAAGAUGCUCUCAAAGUGCUUGAUCACAUAUAAGUCAGGUCCUCGCUUCGUUAAAAAAAAGUUUAAUUGUUUCUAUCUAUAGAAACAAGGUUCGGCCACUGAGUUCAUGCUUCGCUUUGGUGUUAUCUCUGAUUGCUGCGCUAUGUCAUGGCCUAUUGGGGUUUAAUUUUAGGUAAAAAUACUGAAUGAGUAGCUGAUUUUGUUUUUUACUUUUUCUAUGUGACCUAUUGGUAUAUAUAUUUAGAAUCUUUAUAUUUGGUUCUAAGCCUUUUGGUGAACAAU